AUGGAGCUUCCCUUUGAGACCUACGACGUCUUCACCGACACGCCCUACCGCGGCAACCCCCUCGCCGUCGUCACCAUCCCCGCCGACCUGCCCGCGCCGCCCACCCAGGCCCAGAAGCAGGCCAUUGCGCGCGAGUUUAACCUCUCCGAGACCAUCUUCAUCCACGAGCCGGCCGCGGCGUCCAGCAGCAGCAGCACCUCGCGUGACGUGGACAUUUUCGUCACCACCAGCGAGAUUCCCUUUGCCGGGCACCCAACCAUUGGCGCCGCCGUGUCUCUCCUCAACGCCGGCGGCGGCGUCGACACCAUUGUCACCAAGGCCGGCCCCAUCCCCGUGUCCAGCACCGGCGCCGAUGCCGCCCGCGCCGCUAUCCCGCAUAACGUGCACCUGCACGCCAAGAAGCUGCGCGACCUGCCCGCGUCCUCGCCGCACCUCCAAGGCCUCUCCGCCGUGCCCGCCGUGCGCGCCGCCGAGAUGGACGCCCCCAUCUACAGCAUCGUCCGGGGCAUGAGCUUCAUCCUCAUCGAGCUGCCGUCGCUCGACGUCCUCGCGCAGGCCACCAUGUCGUCGUUUACCGGCCCCGUCGAGGAGCUGCUAGACGACGGGUGGCGCACGGGUCUCUGCAUCCGAUUCUACUAUGUGCGGACGGGCGCGCGCAGCGGCGACGACGGCACCGAGGUGGUGACGCUGCGCACGCGCAUGAUUGACGCGCUUUGCGAGGACCCCGCCACCGGAUCGGCGUCGUCGGCUCUUUGCUGCUACUUGAGCGCGGCGCUGGGCGAGCAAAAGGCGCCCAAACGUCGCUACGAGCUGACGCAGGGCGUUGAGAUGGGCCGUGAAAGUAACAUUGUCGUCGAGAUUACCACCAAGGAUAACAACAUCGACGCGGUUCAUCUGUCGGGCAAGGCCGUCAAGGUUAUGAAGGGUACCUUGGUUGUUUGA